CCCCGCGGCCGCACUCGCCGCCGGCGCCUCCCCGUGCGCACCGCUCCGCUCCGCACCGCUCCGCUCCGCGCCGCGCCGCGCCGCUCCCCCCGGCGCUGCGGCAGCAUGCGGGGCUGCGGCGGGCGCCGCGCCCUGCUGGCCCUGCUGGCCCUCCUCCUGCCCUCCGCCGCCGCCGCCGGCCCCGCCGCCGGCCCCGGCCCGGCCGCGGCGGGGGAGAGCCCCGGCAAUUUCAUGGAGGACGAGCAAUGGCUCUCCUCUAUCUCCCAGUACGGCGGCAGGAUCAAGCACUGGAACCGCUUCCGAGACGACGACUACAUCAAGAGCUGGGAGGACAACCAGCCCGGGGAUGAAGCCCUGGACACCACCAAGGACCCCUGCCAGAAGGUGAAGUGCAGCCGGCACAAGGUGUGUGUGGCGCAGGGCUACCAGCGUGCCAUGUGCAUCAGCCGCAAGAAGCUGGAGCACAGGAUCAAGCCGCUGGGCUCCAAGGGGCACGGGGGCUGCAAGCCCUGCCACGCCGCCCCGCUCGCCGCCGUCUGCGGCUCCGACGGCCACACUUACAGCUCGGCGUGCAAGCUGGAGCAGCAGGCCUGCCUGGCCAGCAAGCAGCUGACGGUGCGGUGCGAGGGGCAGUGCCCCUGCCCGACCCCACGCAGCCCUCCCGGCGACGCCAAGCAAGAGCCGUGCACCGGGCAGGACCUGGCCGACCUGGGCGACCGCCUGCGUGACUGGUUCCAGCUCCUGCGGGAGAACGCCAAGCAGAAUGGCUCCGGCGGCCUCCCCGCCAGCCCGGCCACUGCGCUGGAGAGGAGCGUGGCGGCCAGCUGCAAGGAGGCGGUGGGGUGGAUGUUCUCCCGGCUGGACACCAGCGGGGAUCUCUUCCUGGAGGCGGCCGAGCUGGCCGCCAUCAACCUGGACAAGUACGAGGUGUGCAUCCGCGCCUUCUUCAACUCCUGCGACACCUCCAAGGACGGCCGCGUCUCCGCUCCCGAGUGGUGCUUCUGCUUCUGGAGGGAAAAGCCACCCUGUCUGAGAGAGCUGGAGAAGAUUCAGAUCCAAGAAGCAGCCAAAAAAAAGCCGGGCACCUUCAUCCCCAGCUGCGACGAGGAUGGCUACUACCGGCGGGCACAGUGUGAGCCGGGUGGCGGGGAGUGCUGGUGCGUGGACCAGCAGGGCACCGAGCUGACGGGCACCCGCGGCCGUGGCAGCCCCGACUGCGAGGAGGCAACGGGUUUUUCGGGCGACUUCGGGAGCAGCGUGGGCUGGGAGGAUGAGGAGGAGAAGGAGCCAGAGGAGGCGGGUGAGGAAGGCGAGGAAGAGGAGGGCGAAGCGGGCGAGGGCGACGACGGCGGAUACAUCUGGUAGAGGAGCAGGAGAGAGCCCGGCGGGCAGCACGGCCGGGCAGCAGCCCCCCCCCCCAGGCCGGGGGUCCCCGUGACACCCCCCCCAAGCUACCGGGGUGGCGGUGGGGGUGGGGGGCGAGUGUGUGUGCGGCAUCCCGUCACCCCCCAGCCCUGCACGGGACGGGGUGUCGGGGUGCUUGCCCGGGGAGGUGUGGGGGGGUGAGCGGGGCAAGGGGGGGGGCCACGCUUGUGCGAAUUCGAGCUGCUUUUAAUUAUUUUUUGUUGGGGGGGUUGGUGGGGUGGGGGGAGGGGUAGAGCCUUGUAGGCCUAGUGUGCUGCCGCGUGGUCUUCAACCGGGCAAAUGGCGCUAAUAAAAGUGGGGGGAAAAAAAAAAAAAGGAAAAACAGACCCAUAAAACACCUUCCAUAGAUAAGCUGCCCCCCCAGCCCCUCCCCCUGUAUAUCCCCCCCAUGCUGUGCUUGCGUGGCCCCCCCGGCAUUGUGUAGCGGCUGUGAAAUAAA